UUAUUUGUAGAUUAACUAAUAAUGCAUUGGAAGCCCUUUCUUCUGGUAUUGUUGAUUUUCAUAAUAAAUGAAGGAACAUCACGUUCAGAGAAGGCCACUGAGGACAAUGGCGUGAUUACAAGUCCCUUCCAUAACCAAAAUUUGAAAAGACAUAGAGAAAAAAGGCGACUCUUGGGUGCUGAACACGAGUACUUCCGGACAUAUUUUUCGGAAAAGGGUCUCCUAAACGUUUACUAUAGUUUGCGACAUAAUGGAUUGAUAGACGACUGGAGACCACUUGGAUUACCUGCCUACACUGAAGCCAUUAAUACUUCAACACAUUAUUACAGAUCACAAGCAGAAGCAGCCUACCGGCGACGAGACGCUGCCGAUCAUGGUGGUGGCGACAGGGGCCAUAUCGCAAAUAUUAACAACUGGCAGAACGGACUGGAGCUUAUUCAGGGUGGUCAAUGGAAUUAUGCGUGUGGAAAUACAUACAUAAUUCGUAAUGAGCUCAAGAAGAGGAGCGUCAGAUACCAAGGAUGGGACAGACAAGGUUUUUCGAGCCCAAGAGGAGGAAGUACGGGUCGCUUCGUGAGCAGCAGGAGAGGAGGCAGACAAUUUUCUCAGAACCAAGGGCAAACAGACAGACGAUUCAUUUGUUAA